GUUUUUGGUCCGAGAGUGUUCGACCUUGGCGCAGUGUUUUUCCUGCCUCAAACUCAUAUUUAGCUGUCGACGAAACCAUCCAUCGAUGGAAUACAUCGAUCAAGAAUAAUCUCGAAUCACACUCAUCACAAAACCAAUCAAUCAUCCCAAGAGAAAACCUCAGAAAUGCCAACCACGAUGGACAGCUCAGAAGCGAGCCAACCUUUAUCUCAACGUCUAAAGUUCAAAGGGACGCUGGCCAAGGACUCGAAAGUGGCCGCAAACGAACUGAUCAAACGCUUAACUGGAUUGCUCGAUGAAUUGAAGGAAUUUGAUCAGGAGGCCGUCGAUCGGGAUUCACUUUCCGCCGUUCGUGCCGAACUCAUCCAACCCAUCCUGAUCGUCCACAAGGAUAAAACCGUCAAGGCACUCGUGGCCUGUUGUAUCGCCAAUUUGCUCAGGCUUUACGCUCCUGAUGCUCCUUACACACUUCCAGAACUCAGAGAUAUCUUUCAAUUCUUCUUUCGUCAAAUUCGAAACUUACAGCCUGGUUCGAGUCAAUGCCCCAAUCAAGCCCAUUAUUUACAUCUACUCGAGUCGCUUGCCAAUGUUCAGAGUAUCGUGCUUGUUUGCGAUGUCCCACAAAGUGAAGAAUUAAUCACAGAAAUUUUCGAGGUCCUAUUCAAAAUGGUCAAUACCGAAAUGUCGCAAAAUUUCCUCCUAUUGUUUGCCGACCUCUCCGUGCAGAUCAUCAAUGCUGCCUCACCCAUCAUCCCACCGUCCGUCGUGAAGUUACUUCUUGAACAGUUCAAACCCAAGCAGGUCAAAUCAAAUCCCGCUGCUUAUCGACUAGCAAUAGAUAUCUGUAACGCUUGUGAAGAUCGGCUGAAACAGGACGCUUAUCGGUACUUCAACGAUCUCCUGAUCCAAGCCUCCAAGGCUGCUGGCUUUGAUCACGACAACUCAGAUGAUUCAGAAAAUGAAGAAUCUGAUACUGAUCGGCGCACACGAAAAAGUUUUACCGAACUGGAAGCCACUCACAAUUUGAUCACAAGCGUCUAUCAAGUUUGCCCAGGUUUGUUACAGAGCGUCAUACCACAGCUAGAAGCAGAGCUCAAAAAGGAUCAAGUUCAACUACGCGUAUUGGCAGUCCAAACACUGGGUCAAAUGUUUUCUGAACAAUCAUUUAGCUCGAUCCCCAGCGCUCAAACCCUCAAAUCACUCGCCUCAACCACUCUAGGCCCUACCAAUCAAUCGACAUUUUACAUUAACCAACCUCUAGGUACGGAUCUUGCCAGAAGGUACUCAAGUACUUGGAGGGAAUGGACUCGCAGGGCAAAGGACCUUUCACCCCAGGUGCGGUUGGCUGUUGUCAGUUGUUUGAAGCAAAUCAUCUCCAAGCAACCACAUCUCAACGACGACAUCAGCGCGCUUUUCAAGACGUGUCUGACUGAUGCCGACGAAAAAAUCCGAUGCGAGACAUGUAAAGUGUUUUCUCAAUUAGAAUUUGAACUGGUACUACAUCAUCUAGAUGUCGGCAUUCUUAAAACUCUUAGCGGCAGAAUUGAAGAUCGCAAGCCCUCCGUUCAACGAGAAGCUCUCAAUGCUCUAGGCAGACUGUACAAGUUGGCACAAUCUGCAAUUGAAGCCGAAAAUCCUCAAGCCAUCACACAGUUUGCCUGGAUUCCGCAAGAAAUUUUAUCUAGCAUGUUUGUGGGUGAUCCACGCUUAUGCGCCUCAGCAGAAAAAGUGUUCUUGGAAUAUGUCGCACCAUUCCCUUCGACCACAGCUGAAAAGGACAGAUGGGUUGACAGGCUGCUGAAUAUCACCAAAUAUCUUGACUCGACUAGCAUGAUGAAAUUGCGAAAGUUUUCCCGGAUCGGAGUCAAACGACCGACCGGGUUCGAUAGAUUUUUGGAUGCAUGUGAAGUGUACAAUGGCGGCGUUAUGAAUCAGAACGAGACCCAAGUCAGAACACGCUUAGCUGACAUCAUGAGGGUGUUAUCAAAUCACUUUCCUGAUUCUGCCAAGGCUUUGGAAGAACUUCACAGUUUUGCAAAGUUGAAUGAUAGGCGAUUGUACAAACUUUUCAAGACGAUGUCAGAUGAGAAAGCAGAUCUUCCAACCUUGAUCAAGACUCAUCAAGAAUUCCGACGGAAGCUCAAGCCAUUAUCACCAUCCUUUGCCGAGACGCUCGAGAUUUUCCUUCACAAGUCUGCCUACUUGGUCGCCAACUCCGCCAGUGUUCCAAUUCUUCUCGAAAGAGUUAAACAUAUGGAAGCCGAUGAUCUAGCCAUGGGGCCAGUAGAUGUCCAACCAAACUUACCGCGCUCGACCUCCAAUGCUGCCAAGACGUUGCUUGAAAUGAUUUCGACGGAUCGUCCAGCGAUGCUCAUGAUGCAUGUAGACACUAUUGUCGAAUCUCUUUCAGAUCUUUCCGAGUCAAACACAAAUCAAGCUUUGGCAGAUGCCUGUCUGUUAGUACUCAGUUCCAUAGCCAAAUCAGAUCCAACUGUGAUCCCAAGUCAUAAUGAUAUCAUAGCUUCAAUGAAACAUUUUCCGAAGAAUGGAACGCCUCUUCAGGCCAAGCAGGCGGCCAUUGUGCUAGUUAAAGUGAAAGGUAUGACGACUGCCUGCCGGGAAGUGCAUGAAGAUUUGGUCGAGUGUUUACCCAAAGCCCCGCCUGAUCGGCUUCUCAGUUAUUUGAGCACAUUGGGGCAGAUCGUCAAAUACGCCCCCAAGUUCUAUGAACGACACGAGACUGCUUUAACUACCUUCCUACUCAACAAACAGAUCCUCACCUCUACUAGAGGCGAUCAGGAGGACGAUGACGAUUGGAUCCCGGACGAUCAAUUGUGCGACUCCAACAGAGCUCGAAUUAGCGCCUUGAAGGUGCUCGUCAACAGAUGUAUCGCCUCUGCCAACUCCCCACAAGCCGACACAAUUUCUGCCCCAAUCUUCAAGCUUUUAUGGCAGCUCAUAGUCACUCGAGCAAAGAUCGGCCCGGCCAUUCACAGUUAUGCAGUUGCAGCCAGACUUAGAUUGAAAGCCGCGGAAUCGAUUAUUAAACUAGCGACUUACAUCUCCUUCAACAAAGAAAUACAGAAACAUUUCGGGAAACUGGUAUGGGUUUCACAGGAUACUUCCGGAUUUGUUCGAGACAGGUUUUACAGGAAACUGGCCCGAUAUUUGCAGAGCCGACGCUUAGAUCACCCACGCUUCAAUGUACUCAUGUACUUAGCCGCGCCCGAUCCACUCAAAGAAGUCAAGGACAUCGCUCUCAAAUCUAUCACCUCAAGAUUGAGUAUUACCGGGCCACAAAUGCGAACCCAAAUGUUCGAGACGACGAUCCUCUACCUGCUCCAUGCUCUGGCCCAUCAUGACGACUUUGGGACAGAGACGAGGGACUUGGAGAACUUCACUAUCUACAUUGACUUUUUCGUGGAAUCCGUGGGCAAUAGCGAGAAUGCGUCACUAUUGUACCAUCUUGCGGGCCAGCUCAAGACCGUGAAGGAUCGUCAAGAUAACAAAUAUCCUGAGGCAUUAUACAUGCUUUCUGAUUUGGCCCAGUUGGUGAUUAGGGCCAAAGCUCGAGACCAUCAUUGGGUCUUGCCCACUUACCCAGGUCAUGUGAAACUUCCCGAUGACCUUUUCAAAGGACUUUCCUCUGAGGAGGCCUUAGAAGUGUCUAAAAAGGAUUACUUACCCGAGGAGUUUGUCAAGAAGUUCUCGCUGACGAAGAUCCAUGCGAUCCAGAAAGAGCGCGAGGCUAUGAUUAAUGGGGAGCCCGUCGGUCCGGGUUCUCGGAAGACGAAGCGUGGACCCAAGCCGACCAAGAAGCAAGCGCCUGAGAAGAAGAGACGCAAGCUGGCGACGCCCCAAGAAGAUGAUGAGGCAGACCAAGAUGACGAGAGCGAGCCUGAAAUCAUAGUUGCUCCAAAGGAAGAUCGGUCUAAGCGACUGGCCGCUAGACGCCGGCCUCCUGCUCGAGCUGGCCAUAAAAGCCAAAGUGAAGUCAAUACCACUGAUAGUGAACAGUGAUUUGUUGGCAGCCUCAAAAUGGUUGCAGUCUUUCCCAAAAUCAGGGAAUUUUGCUUGUAUUUUUUUGGAUAUAUCUAAUUCUAUUCUCUCCUUACAUCGCUGUGCUUUUAAAAGAGUUUUCUUAAUCUUUGUUUGCGUUUUUUAAUGUGUGUGUCUGAUGUAUCUUUCUUACAUGUGUGGAAAUUUACGUUGUCCACACCCAACUAAACGUUGAACAUCUGUAUCUUGAUGCGCUUUAAUGUAUUGCCAUAAGGACGCUUCUUGUCUAUUUGGACUAGGUUCCCAAUCUGACCCUGCC